AUGCCAAUAUCAAGAACUAUUUCAUCAAGUUCUUCAAGUGAAAAUGAAAAUCUUGAUGAAGAAUGUAAUCCAACAUCACCUGAAGAUGUUUUUAAAAUUUUAAUUACAACAGAUAAUCAUCUUGGUUAUGCUGAACGAGAUGAUGAACGUACCAAUGAUUCAUUAAUAACAUUUGAAGAAUGUCUUCAAAUAGCACGUGAUGAAAAUGUUGAUUUUAUUUUACUUGGUGGUGAUUUAUUUCAUGAUAAUAAACCAUCAAAUCAUGUUAUGCUUGAAUGUAUUAAUUUAUUAAGAAAAUAUUGUCUUGGAGAUAAAACAAUUGAAUUUAAAUUAAUAAGUGAUGAAAAAAUUAAUUUUUCUUCAACUGUUCAAUCAAAUCCAUUUCCAUGGGCAAAUUUUAAAGAUCCAAAUUUAAAUAUUGGUAUUCCAAUAUUUUCAAUUCAUGGAAAUCAUGAUGAUCCAUCAGGUUCAACACCACUUUGUCCACUUGAUUUACUUAAUUCAUGUGGUUUAGUUAAUUAUUUUGGAAAUUUAUCAUCAUUAGAAAAUAUUGAUAUACAUCCAUUACUUUUUCGUAAAGGAGAAACAAAUUUAUCUAUUUAUGGUUUAGGUGCAAUACGUGAUGAACGUUUACAUAGAAUAUUUCUUAAAAAUCAAAUUAAUUUACUUCGACCAACAAAUAAUCCAGAUGAUUGGUUUAAUAUAUUUGUUAUACAUCAAAAUCGUGUUCCACAUGGACCAAAAAAUUAUAUUCCAGAACAAUUUUUACAUGAAUUUCUUGAUAUUGUUAUUUGGGGUCAUGAACAUGAUUGUAGAAUUACACCAGAAUUUAAUACUGUACAAAAAUUUUUUGUUAUUCAACCUGGUAGUACAGUUGCAACAUCUUUAAGUGAAGGAGAACAAUUACAAAAACAUGUUGGUAUUCUUCAUGUUUAUAAGAAAACAUUUAAAAUGCAUCGACGACCAUUACAAACAGUUCGACAAUUUUAUUUUGUUGAUAUUCAAUUAACUGAUCAUAUUGAUGAAAAAGCACUUAAAACAUUAUCAAAUACUAAACUUGAACAAAAACUUGAUAAGAUUUUAACAGAUACAAUAAAUGAAUUACUUAUGCGUGCUCAAAAUGAACAUAGUGGUCAUCCAAAACAACCAAGAAAACCCUUAAUUCGUCUUCGUGUUGAUUAUACUGGUUUUGAUUUAUUUGAUUCAUUUAAUGAUAUUCGUUUUGUUCAAAAAUUUUCUGAUCAAGUUGCUAAUCCAAAAACAAUGAUUACCUUAAAUAAAAAACGUGAUAAUAAUAUAUUAAAAUCAAAUGAAAUUAAACUUGAUCCUGAUGCUAUUAAAAUUUCCAAUGAACAAUUUAACCAUGCACAACGUGUUGAAGAUUCUAUUCAAACAUAUUUUGAAUCAACAACAGAAAACAAUCGUUUACGUUUACUUGAUGAAAAAUCUAUGUUAGCAGCAUUAACUGAAUUUAUUGACAAAGAUGAAAUUUAUGCAUUAAAUACAAUGGUUGAAGCACAAAUUGAACAAAGUCAAAAAUUUCUUGUUAACAAUAUACAUAAUGAUGAUGUAGCUUUUCUUGAAGAUGAACUUAAACGUUUUAAAAUAUUACAAAAUGUUGAUUAUGAUGAAGCUAUAAAAAGACGAAAGAAUUUAUUAAAUAUGGCUCGAAAAGAACGUCUUAAAGCUAAUGGAGAGAAAUCAAGUGAUGAUGAAAUUAUGAUAACAGAAUCAAUAAGAAAUAAUGAUGAAAAUAGUAAUGAUGAUGAUGACGAUGAUGAUGAUGAUGAUGAUGAUGAUUUUGAUCGAAGUUCGAUGAAAACAACACAAAAACGAACACAAUCAUCAACAAAAACACGUGGCACUACUCGUGGACGUGGACGUGGGCGUGGACGAGGUAGAGCAAAAACAACACCAACAAAAACUCCUCGUGAUAAAAGAAAACUAUUUUAA